AUAGAGACAGUCAUCCCCACGCGUGGACGACUCUCAACCGUGGAGACAUCAAAUCAACGAUCAGGAUCAUCACUCAAUGCGUCGGCUAUAGCAAUAUGCUUCCCUCACACCUAGACCUCUCUAUAUUAGUACAUUACUUCUCACAUUAUCAAACACAAAAUUUUUAGGCCUCUAGUGAAUUACGGUCAUGCAAAUGGAAACCACUGAGGAUGAGCAACGUAAAGCCGCCGCCCUGAAAAGGUUGCUGCUCAUUCUGAGCUGCGUAUUCUUAUCCAUAGGCACCUGCGGCGGCCCUUUGAUAAUGCGCCUCUACUUCAUCCACGGCGGCAAGCGCGUCUGGCUUUCGAGCAUGCUCGAAACCGGUGGCUGGCCCAUAAUCCUCGUCCCUAUAGCCAUAGCCUACUACCACCGCCGCAAAAACCAAGCUCCAACUGAACCACCAACCAAGCUCUUCUUCAUGAAGCUCCCUCUCUUCGUUGCCUCCGCCUUCAUCGGCGUCCUCACCGGCCUCGACGACUACCUGUACGCCUACGGUGUCGCCCGCCUCCCCGUCUCCACCUCAGCCCUCAUCAUAGCGGCUCAGCUGGCUUUCACGGCCUUUUUUGCCUUCAUACUUGUGAAGCAGAAGUUCACGUCGUAUUCCAUAAACGCCAUCGUGUUGCUGACGGUGGGGGCGGCGGUUCUGGGCCUGAACACGAGCUCGGACCGGCCCGAGGGGGAGUCGAAUGCGCAGUACAUGCUCGGGUUUAUGAUGACGGUGGCCGCGGCGGCGUUGUAUGGGUUUGUGUUGCCGUUGGUGGAAUUGAUGUACAAGAAAGCCAAGCAGAACAUCACGUAUGCUUUGGUUUUGGAGAUUCAGUUGGUUAUGUGUUUGUUUGCUACCAUUUUCUGCACUGUUGGAAUGCUGGUCAACAAUGAUUUCAAGGUAAUUCCAAGAGAAGCAAGGAAAUUCGAGCUUGGGGAGACUACCUACUAUGUGUUGCUUGUAGUGAGUGCUAUAAUCUGGCAGGGUUUCUUUUUGGGAGCCAUAGGAAUCAUCUUCUGUGCCUCGUCUCUGCUAUCCGGCAUCGUAAUCGCUGUUCUGCUCCCGAUAACAGAGAUCUUUGCUGUGAUUUUCUACCACGAAAAGUUCCAAGCAGAAAAGGGCGUUUCUCUUGUGCUCUCCCUCUGGGGAUUUGUCUCAUACUUCUACGGCGAAAUCAAACACAACAAGGAAAGCAAGCGAGUUAAGAAAAAGGAAAACAACAAGGACAGUAGUGGCCAAGACACAGAAAACCCUCAGUCAGUUCCAAAUCCAUGACAGCACAAGCUGUAUUUCUGUGUUUUCUUCCUGGUGGAUUUUGUGAACAUGGCUUUGUGAAGUAGGCAUUUUCAAGGGGAAAGGCUGCAUAUGGCAUUAUAUGCUUCAUGUUUCGGCCGGCAAACCCAUCUUAAAUUUUUAUCUAACAUUUCAACCUUUUAUAUUUUAAAACAUAAUGAGAUGUUUGUUUUCCAUGUAUUAAUUACUGUUCAUCAUAAUGAUUCUAAUUGUUGUUAAAACUGUC